CAGAAAUAUAGUUUUUGCCUUGCUCCGUUUGCUCCAUUAGCCAAAGCAACUUUGUCUUCUGAGGGCUUCCAUAAAACCUUCAUUGUCUUCUCGACUUUCUCAACAAUUUUAAUCAAUUCACUUUUUCUUUCUCUUAUUAAACUAAUACCUUACGUAGGAGAGGAUCAAACCAUUGUUCUACAUUUCCUCUUUACAUUUAAACCAUGCCACCAAAAACAACACCCCGCGUCAGAGGAAAUGUGAAGGCAGCAAGCAGCAGUCGCGCUGCAGAACUAGCGAGUACAAGUGGGUCAGGAUCAACACUCCCCAUCUCAGCCCUCGGAGGAUUCGCACAGUUUGCUACACCCGCAUUCUCACCAUCUUCAACUUACGUAGCCUCCAAUGUCUCUCGAAAUGCGCCUCCUAACCGAUCUGGAUCCUCUAGUCCGGCACUUGCAUCUUCAGGAUCGUCUGGCUUUGGUGGCUUCGACUCAGAGGUUGUCAGUGUGAUUAGAAAUGGAGACCUCUCCAUGAUCAUUAAGCGACUUAUGUCUAAACGCGACACCACUACAAAAGUUAGAGCGCUCGAGGAUCUGGAAAAAUGGGUCAAAGCACAGCCUGAGGAUGAGGAGGCAGGAUCAGACGCUUGUCUGGAGGCCCUUGGCCCUUGGAUCAAGCUCUAUAUUAAGUUGACAACUGAUGUGGAUCGUCGCGUGCGUCUCUUGACUAACAAUGUGCAUAUGUUGAUUGUCAAGCGUGUUAAAAAGAGGCUGGCCCCUUAUCUGAAGGAGGUGAUCGGUGCCUGGGUUGGCACUUUUUUUGACCCAACAAGGGAUGUAGCAUACGUAGCUGCGGAGGCAUUCAAGAGCGCUUUUCCUGACAAUAAGCGCGAGUCGGUUAUCUCUUUCUGUCUCCAAGAUAUGAUCUUCUACGUUUCAGAAAUCCUUCUCAAUAAAUCCUCAGAGACAUUCAGUGACCCUCGCUUCAACACAAAGGAGGAAAUGGACAGUCGCUAUGCCAGAGUCGCUUCAAGCUCCCUCUAUACAAUUGGAUACAUUGCUGAAACGCUAUCCGCUGAGUCAUUAGAAAAGUCUGCUGGCGAAAUUGGACAAUUAUUGGAUGAAACCAAGCUAUGGCAGUUCUUUAAUCAUCCCAGUCCACAGGUGAGGAGGGCAAGCUAUAGUAUGCUUCGAAAAAUCACUAGUAAGGCACCGAGCCUGAUCAAAGAUAGAUUGGAGGUCAUUAGCAAAGUGUUUUUCCCAGCAACAUUCUCGGAUAAGGAUCCAACCACUCAUGGCGACCUCUGGGAUGCACUUCUCAUCUACACUAAGGCUUUCCCAGAAUCUUGGACAAUCGCAGUGGGAAAGAAACCUACUAUGUCACUAUUUUUUGGAUUUCUAAAGGCUGCUGGAUAUGGAUCGACGACCGUUACCUAUCGCAGCAUCCUACCACUUAUCGCAAGCUGGCCAGAAGAAUCUAUCCUGGGCAAAAAUGGAACAGGCUUCCCUUUUGGCAAAGACUUUUUUGACAAUUUCUGGAAAGGCCUUAGUAGCCCCCAUAUUGACAAGGAGCCGGGGUCGACAGCACAAUUCUUGGAGGCCUAUAUUGAAUGUAUGGUCUAUUUUAUAGUUCGAUUCGGCAAAUCCGAGGCAACGGUUCAAGGACAAGAAGCUGUAUAUGCUACGUACCUCAAUCUUUUAAAGACAUUUUUGGGAUCAACAGAUGGCAGCGAAACUUCAGCUAGGCUUGUACAAGACGAGCGAACAGUAGUCAAGAAGAUCAGUAUUCAUUUGGUUCGAUUACUUACUAUUCCUUCAGUCCGUGAGCGUACCAUCGCGAAGCUUUGGGAGCCAAUUACGGAUAUUAUGAAUGAAGUCGUCUCAGAUGAGCCCUCUGAUAUAUAUGUAAAUCGAGGGAAGCGAGUCAUAGCGCUCCUGGCGGAAGCUUCAGCUGCUGCACGCGAGAAACAGGAUGAGGCUCUUGUUGAAUUAACAGAGAAGGCUGCCGACCAGCUCGUGCAGAUUGUAGCCAAAAAGUGCUCUGGGACUCAAUCUGUUGGACCGUCACAACUUCUCUCCCUGUUGGCACUUCACUUCGAGGUGGUUGUGUUCACUAACCCUGAAAGUCAGAAAGCCCUGCAUGACUUUUUCAAUGUUCAAUUUGCAGAUAUGCUGAUGGCGUCCGAUGAUGGAACAUCUUCGAGUGACGCUACCUCCGAAAGCAAUGGCUCUUUGCCACAUUUGCUUGGUCUCUUUGCAGGAUAUCUUGGCAACUCCAAGGAGCCAGAACCGGCAUCACAGCUCUGGAAGCAAGUCAUGGAUAAAGUGUUGAAGGAGACUGAAAUAGAGCGAGAACAAGAGCGACAGAGGGUUAUCCUUGUAGGGAUGUUGCAACGUAUUUCAGCCGUAUCUCCAAAUUUUGAUCUGCACCUUGAGAGCAUCAACAGUUUUGUUACGGAUGUCGUUGUUGGUCAGCAGUAUGCUACGUCUUCAUCAGGAAAAUCAUUAGUUUCAAGCGCCUUGAGCUCCAAAUCAAUCAUUUCUGACCGUCUCAAGCUCGACAUCAUCGACAGUCUCUCUCAACGCAUAAAUCUCUUCCUGUCAGACAUUCUAGCUGGACAUGCAUUAGGAAAAAUGGAAGAGGCGGAAUCCAUUUUGGCAAUCAUGCUCGAAUCUUUGGCUCAUGUCAUACCGCUGGCAAUUGAGCUGGAUGAGGAAGGCCCGUUAAAACAGAUUAUUGUUGCCAUCUUUGACCUUAGCUCACAAUCCGAGGGGUACCUGAGCGAGGCCGGACAGAAGAAUCUCGAAGAGUUGCAGCGACUCUCAAAGGAAUCUGAUUCGGUCCGUACUAUCCUACGUGAAUGUUUGACUGAUCAUAUUCAGGACAAUAUUCAAAAUUUGCUUCGCUUUACUAGUCCGGAGGGCCUUGCAAAUCAAGCGCGAAAACUGGUAGAGCUGCUUGACCUGACGGAGCUAAGGGAACGAUUUGAUCUCCUGAGUGAGUUCUUCUUUGACAAGGAGCACUGGAACUCACUCUAUAAGACCCUGACCAGCAGCGGACCCCACCCAACAUUGACUAUUCUUGAUCCAGUUGUCGAGGCUUUUUAUGCAGAGAAGCCCUCAAGGGUAUCUGCUGUAGAAACACCUUCAUCAGAGAUUCGGUACGAUAGCUUUGGGUUAUCAGCAUAUGGACGGCUAGCUCUCUUUACAUUCGAGCUCUUAAAAGAUGAGACCUUAGAAUCGCUAUUCCUACUAUAUCCUGAUAAAAUGACAUGGAUUAUGGAGGAACUUUUGAAAGUUAGACAGGGGUGCCUUGACGCUUUUAAGACACCUUCCUCCAAUGCCGGCAUCUUUUAUUCGCCGCAUUUGCAUACAGAUGCGAAUGCUGUAGUUUUCAGGAGUCUAUUACGGGAGAUGUCACUGAUGGUUGUCACUUGGGUUUCCCUUGUUGCAAAUGAAAGCUGGGAGUCUCAAGUCAUUGAGGCCCUAGCCCAUGUUCCCCAAAGUAGGCCUAAUGUAGACGAUGAUGACGAUGAUUCUCAAUGCAGUGCCACAUCCUUUGCUCUAGCAGCUAUCAAAGAACAAGACGGAUUCAACGAGCGCGUACUGGCUGAUGUCGUUCAGGCGCUAGCCCAGGUCGAUAAUUCCCAAGUCUCUCCUGAAGUUGCCAAGAAAUGGUGCCUUAUCUUUAAGAGUGAAACCGUGCCAUUGUCAGUUUCUACUGGAUUGAUCAUUGCACUUAAAAAGAGACUUGAAAACACAAGCGAGUUUGCAAAUCUUCUCAACUAUUGGAUUACAGCGCCAACAAAACCUAACGAGGUUUCGAUACAGCAUCUAGAUACAGUACGUCGUCUGACGCUCCUUGUUGCCGCUCUCAGGUCUCGUGACAAAGAUGAGUCUAGCAUGAGCCUACCUCAGAUCCGUGUCAUGAAUUUAUUGCAGUCGAUUCGUCGUUGGAUGUCGGAGUCAGAUGCGUUGCAAAGUUUCGAUAGCCAGGAUCAACUGCUUAUCCAUUCUAUACUGCUCAAGCUCUUAAAUGCUCUUGCUUAUCAAGUCCAGGAACUCCCAGGAGCGCAUUGGGAGAUGAUGUUCAGUUACAUUUUAUCAGUGUUUACAGGGCUUGGAGAGCCGACAGCCACUCCAUUUGCCAUUCUUGUACUGGAAAGAGCUUGUUGCUUGGCUAUCAAUCUUAUUGAGCUCGGGACAGAGGAGGAGGAUAUUCAGAGCGUAUGGGAUGAUCAUAGCGAGGGUAUUCUGGUAGCAGCAAUGCGGCUUAUUGGGUGUGAUAAAGUAAUGUCUGAGGCAGCUUCUAUUAAAAUGGACCGACCUGUCCGUCAGUAUCUGGAAGCACUGUCCCAAAUUUGCGCGCAUGCACCGGACCGUCUUGUGUUGUCUCAUGGAUCUGUGGCUGAGCAGUGCCGUCUGUUGACAGAACCUCUUACAACGGUGCAGAUGCUUGCAUACAGACAAUUGCAGACUAUUUUGGUCGAGGAGGUACAGGCGUUGUCGAUUCAGAUGGAGAUUAAGUCGCCUAUAAGCCAAAAUUUGGCUUCUGUAGAAGAAGAGGGGUCCAUUGAGGACAACAGCAGCAGCACCGUUGAUGCAGAUGAUAAGAUGACACAGCCCAAGUUCCCUGUUUCACUUUGGCGCAUCAUUUCUAAUCCGCCUAGGGGAUUCCCAGCCAUGGAUGUUAACGUUGAUGCUGAUGACGAAAUCAACUGGCGAGAAGAGUUUUCGUUAUUAUUAGACAUGUCUAACAAUGGCGGUGAAGAUGAGGAUGAUGAGUAUGGAAUUGGUGCAGGGGUAGCAGCCAAAUCUGAGAAGCUGACCUCACACGCUAUCCUUGGGUAUUUGUUGGCAUGGAAGCUUGCAUUCGUCAUUUUUGAGAAUACGACGUACACUGUCAAGUCCCGUCUAGUCGAGCAGUUGCGGUCCUCAGAAGUGAUGAAUGACCUUUUGCCCUAUCUCUUCCAUCUUCUCGGCGUUCAUUCUGCUUCAUCAUUGGUGAAUGACUCAACUUCUAACCAUCAGGCUGUUUCAACGACGUCUAAUGAAGCCAAGCCAACAGGCACAUUUGAUCUUAGCAAAUGGGACAUCACAGAAUAUCAGAUUACAGGCUUUGAUCUGUCUUCACCAGAGAUUGGCUUCCCUCUUCUUGCAGGACAUUUGUACUACACUUGUCUAGCCAAUGUCCCUAGUUUGGUGCGGAUUUGGUGGACCGAGUGUAAGCUUCGACAGCUCAGCAUUGCAGUCGAGUCAUUAACUGAAAAGUACUUCUCGCCACUACUGAUUGCCCAUGAAUUGGCUUCGCUUGCCAAGGCGAAGCAGAACCUUGCAGCUGGAGGACAGGCAGCAGCCGCUGCAGCAUUGUCAGGUGUCUCGGACGACCUGAACGAACUUCAGAUCAAGACAUCGAAGGCGACUUCUGAGGUGACUGCGUCGUUCCAGAUCGAUGAAGCAACAAUGGAAAUUGUGAUUCGACUUCCCACCAAUUUCCCCUUGCGACAGGUAGAAGUCGAGGGACUGCAGCGUGUGGGUGUGAAAGAAGCUCGUUGGCGAGCCUGGCUGCUGGCAGUGGCAGGCGUCAUUGCGGCGCAAAAUGGCUCGCUGAUUGACGCAUUGACGCUAUUUAGGAGAAAUGUUGGAUUGCAUUUCGAAGGUGUGGAAGAUUGUACGAUUUGUUACUCUAUUGUCUCGUUGCAGGAUCGGUCAUUACCUAACAAGACUUGCAAAACCUGUAAGAACCGGUUCCAUGCAUCAUGUCUAUACAAGUGGUUUAGGACUUCUAAUUCUUCCAGUUGUCCUUUGUGCAGAACGUUGUGGUGAAGCGAGGAUCCUUGUGUUAUUUUGUGCUAUUUUUUUCAUGAUAAUUCAAAGUAUAAGCGAAAGCAACAAAAUAGAAUCUCUAAUAAAAAUCUCCAAGUCGAG